CGCCAGGUAAGUAUCUCUGACUUGGCGGUAAACAGAAUCAGUCAGCAGAUUGUAUUGUUGUUGAAAUAAGUCGCUACUUGAUUUGUGUACACAGCAACAUCAGUAAAAUAGUGUCAGUGUUUUCACUUCGAUGGAUAAUGAACUCGAAAAGAUUCGUUCCUACUUGUCAGCGAGGCAUUUUCAUGCGUCAAGAGAAUGGAUAGAAGGAUGCGUUAGCUACUUCAGAGAGCAGCAUGAAGGAGAAAGGUACAAUUACUCUGAAAUGCAGGAGUUUGUGACACAGCAGUGGGAGUUGGCAGACCUGAGGGAAAUAAGCCCAGGCUGUCUUCCCCCAAACCUGGCUCUGCAGAAGAAAACUGUGCUCACUGGCAAGUACAGUCUUCAGGUUGAAUCAAUGUGUGACAUUGCAAAAUCAUUUUACUCACAGCUCCAGGCAAUUCGAAAUGUGCCACUUGAAAAUGUUAAAGCGACUGAAAAGCAAAAGGAGUCAUGGGAACCAUCUGCAAAGAGGGUGCUGCAGUUGAUGCUUUGUGAUGGAGUGCAAGAAAUAAAAGCUAUUGAAUACAAGCCUGUAAGAGCACUUGACCAACAGAUUGUUCCAGGAUUCAAGAUACUCAUUAUUGGACCAGUGGAUUGUCGCAGAGGAAUUAUCAUGUUGGAAGAACGCAAUUUGCAGCUAAUUGGUGGAGAAGUUGAUUCACUGCUUGUACCAAAUGCACUAGAGAAUGUUUUGGCAAGGGCACUGAACCUUGAAGAAAAUCCAGAUCCUUACAAUUGCCAGACUGAUACUCCAGCUCAGAACAGCAUUCGAACAACAAAUGAUCAACCAGCAAAUGUUAGGCAAAGAAAUGAGGCUGCAUUCCUUGUUGAAGAUGAUGACGAUGAUAUAUUUGCUCAGGAAGUGGAUGCUCAGUUGAAGCAACUGGAAGAGCAACAGCAGAAGGUGGAACAACAUUCACAAAAUGCUAGAAAUGUAAAUGACAGGGUAGAACAGGAAGUUGAUGCAUUUGAAGAAGCUUACCAGAGAGAAAUGGAGAUGAUGGACAUGGAUGAUGAUAUAGAAGCAAUAGAACAGCAGCCAUUGUUUGCUGUAGCUAGUAAGCCUACUGUUUCAUACAAUCAAAACAAUACCUCAAAGAGAAGUAAUCAAGGCAAUAAUAGCAUGGCACUAGAAACAGAGCUUCUUGAAGAUGAUGACAUUUUCCUUAAUGUCUCAGAUGCUGACCUUGAACCAACUCCAGAGCUAAACAAAAGUAUAGAAAUUGUAGAAGAUGUAAAGACCACCACAAAUGUGGGUGGGGGUGCAGGCCCCAGCAGGGAACCUGAGGUUAUAUCUCUUUUAGAUGAUUCAAAUGUUGAUGACAGUUUCUUCAUGCAGCCUGGUCUGAGUGGUAUUACACCACGAACAUUGCCUCUUUCCUCUAAACUGCAAAAGGAAAGUGGUGGCAGGAGUCAGAAGCCGCCUGCAAAGGCAAAGCCAAUGAACUUGAAAAGUGCUAAUCAAGCAAAAAUCAGUUCCUUUUUUAAUAGAGAUUCUUCUUCAACAAAUAGACAACAUUCUGAAUCAUCCAAAGUGGAUUUUCAUGAUGCUGUCGAGAAACAUAGUAAGGAAGUGCCUAGAACAGCCCAGACUCCACUACUGCAGGAUCCUGUACAUUUAGGAAACAUUUCUGAUUUUGUUGAUGACCUGUUCAGUGAACCUACAUUUCCAGAUCACAGCCAUACAUCCACAUCUGCUGUUAGCAAUAUUGAGGAAGAGUGUCUGGUGAUUGAUAGCAAACCAUUUGUUUAUAUACAACAAAUAAAAGAUGCAAAACUAACUACACCUGCUAUAUACACUGUGAAGGGGUUUGUUUUGUCUUUGACAUCCUUUCUCAAGACAAAAUUUGAUGGUUGGUACCUAACGGCAAAGCUGUGUGAUGGAUCAGCAACAUUGGAUGUUCAGUUUUCCUCUGAUGUGCUGGAUAAUUUUAUAGGAUACAGUCUUAAUGAAGUUAAAGCAAUGAAGAAGGAUGUAGACAAAAAUCCUCUUAUUAAAGAGAGAUUGAACAAGGCUCUCCAGAAAGCACAGCAGCAGUUGAUUGAAUUAAAUGCACUUUUUACUCUUUCAUUUGACCUGGAAAGUGAUUUACCAUGUGUAACAAUGGUAACAGAUUUGAAAGAAGAGCAUCUCAAAGCGCUGAAAGCAAGAGUGCGUAUUGCGCAGUCUCUAAAACACAGUUGAUGAUGCUGACAGCAUAGAUGUUUAUCCUCUGGGCAUUUUUAUGCCUGUGUGUCUUGGAAGAUACGUCUUCUCGAAGAAAGCAGUGAAACAAGUUCUGUAGUGUCGCCAAAAAGAAGAGGGGGUAGCAGAAAUCACAAAGAGGUUCACUUUUAAACAAGAGUACGUAAGUGAAUAAAUCCAUUCAAGCAUUGUUGGAGAUGGAAGUAGUUACGCUACAUCUGAAUUUGUGGAUUUUUCAGCUGUCAUGUGUGUUCUACAUAAUCAAGCGUAUUAACUUUCAAGAGUUUUUUUGACAUAAAUAGAUUUUAUGUUAGAAAAGUGUGGAAUGAGUUAGUUGGAACUGACUCUUGAGUGUAGUGAAAGAAUAGGCUGCAUCGAGAGCACGACUCAUGGCCUGAGAGGUGCUAUAAGUGGUGUAGUGCAUCAGGAAUCAUCAUACCAACAGCCACAAUUUUAGAUUGAAACUUCUCAAAGUAACAGUUAAUUACUGUCAACAUUUAUAGUGUUUAUGGUGUCUUAUGAUCAUAUGUAAUGAAAUGAUGAUUACCUAUAUGUGGGACAGAAGAAGAGCAUGUAUAUAUAUAUCAACUUCUGUAAAAAAAAGCUAAUGGGAAAAUGCUGACAAAAACACAAAUUUGAAAAUGUA